AUGGACGACGAGCGACUUCCCAAACGACUCUUCUACGGAGACGUCGCGACCGGUUCUCGUCGUCAAGGAGGCCCAAUUCGUCGAUACAAGGAUACCCUGAAGUCCUCCCUGAAGCUACUGCAAAUCAACCCGACCAACUGGGAAGAGCUCGCCUGCGAUUGUCCGGCAUGAAGGAGAACAGUGAAGACGGGCGCUGCUAUCCACGAAUCCAACCGCAUCGCCGUCGCCAAAGCGAAACGCGAAGCCCGCAAAUCACAACUGCGCCCAGUCAGCAACGCUGCCGCACAACUGCUUCCAACGUGUCCUCGAUGUAAGCGGACAUUCCAGGCUCGAAUCGGCCUUGUUGGACAUCUUCGGAUCAACUGUACCUCUCGAACUGCACCCAACUUCAUUCCCCCGAUUGCGUCAUUUUCGUCCUGUCUGCCGCCGAAUAACUCUGUGAAUUCUUCUGCAUCACCACUUUCAUCCUCCUCCCCCUCCUCCUUCUCCUCUGCCUCCUCCUCCUCCUCCUCCUCCUCCUCAUCAUCAUCAUCAUCAUCAUCCUCCUCCUCCUCCACCACCACCGCCACCACCACCACCACCACCACUGCCCCAACGGCGGCCGCUCAGGCAGCCGUCUUGCACAUCUUUGACCGCGACACAACAACCGGCACCACCCCCGCCUCUCCUGACUCCAGCAAUGAGAAUCAGGACUACACCUGUCCUCACUGCGACCGCACCUUCACCUUACACAUCGGCCUGGUCGGUCACUUGCGAAUCCAUCGCACAGAGAACGGCGAACCAGUGCCUGAAGCACCAACCUACACCCACCGCACUCGCCUCCACUGCCCACACUGCCCUCGCACCUUCACACAUCGCAUGGGUCUAUUCGGCCACAUACACAUCCACGAGAGCGGAAUCGACCACAAUUCCGACACACCAACCACGUCCAUCAUGCCCAGCACCACCCUUGCACCGUCCAUCUGCGCCUCCGUAGCUGAUUCUGACACCGCCGACUUCACGUGCCCACACUGUCCACGCACACUCACCUCUGCAUCGGCCUGGUCGGUCGUUUGCGAAUCCAUCGCACAGAGACUGGCGAACCAGUGCCUGAAGCACCAACCUACACCCACCAAGCUCGUCUCAACUGUCCACACUGUCCUCGCACUUUCAGGCACCCACUGGGCCUAUUCGGGACAUGCGCAUCCAUGA